GGGGGCGUGAGGCGUCGCGCAUCGUGCUGUACGCCGCCUCGUUCAGGCCUCGUUGCCGACGCACGGCCCACAUCGAUUUUAUCCCCAGCGCGCGCCCGAAUCCAUCCUUGUCUCUUCCCACCAUGUCGACGCGAACAAGGACCACGACCGGGCUCGUCUUCGACGACUCCAAGGGCGUCCUCGGCCUUAUGGCGACGCCUGCCAUCUACAUCGACCCCUUCUCCGAGCAGCCUUUCAUGAAAUUACGAGUAGAGGACCUCAUGACAGAAACGACGAACCACGAGCGACGGCGCUCAGUAGCCAACUGGCAGGCCGUACAGAUUCUGCGCAGCCUGCGUACGGGCUCGCGCCCCCUGAUCAAGUCAUUCACCCUCCUGGGCAGCUUCCCUCUUGAGCUCGUAUUCGAGAUCAUGCAGCACGCCCAUCCCAUGGACCUGUUCCAUCUUGCGCAGACAUGCCGCACUAUGCGCGAACUGCUCACUUGCCCUGGCGCCGGCGCCGUAUGGGCUACCUCCUUUGCGCGCCACUCCGACACCAUGCCGCCCUGCCCCACCGAUGUCCCUCACGACAAGUGGGCGAGGAUGCUGUUUGCCCCCCACCGAUGCCAGCAGUGCGGGCGUGGUGCUGCCGCGCUUGACUUCACCCUUCUUAGGCGCCUCUGCUCCAAGUGCCUAGUGACAUUGCCCCUCGUCGAAACUGCAGAGGACGAGUUCGCUGCUUCCCUCGUCCCGCGGACUUACCGUGAGGACGGGGACCACUACUUUGAGUACGACGACGGCCGAUAUCUGCCCGCCGACCUCCAGGCUGUCAUUCAGGCAGUUGCGAAGCACCGGCAGUCUAUGGACCAGAAGACGCCCGGCGCCGAACUCGAGUUCGAACGGUACAAAAUCGAGCGGCACGCGCUUGUCGCUUCCCGGACACUUCAAAGCACCGCGUGCCGCAUGUGGGCUGAGAAGCUCGGACAGGAGGCCAGCAAGGCGCGCAAGGCGCUCGACUCCCGCUUUGCGAAGCGCAUCAGGGCGCGCCUCUCGAAGGCGGGCCACCACCCGGCGGACCUCGAAAAGGCGAUCGCAGAGCUGCCGGCGUCGAUGUCGGUUCCGCGAUUGACGCGACGCAAGUUGGAGAAGAUCAUUCCUGUUGUGGAACGCGCUGUGGUCAUCUGCAUGGAGGAGCGUAUCGCAGAGGAACGCUACGCACGUAUGCGCGAGCGCCGCGCGCGCGUCAGCCAGGCAUACACUGCGUAUCGCGGCAGCACCCUGCCAGCGACGUGGGCUUAUCACCCAAGCUCGUGCCAGGUCGCGCAGUACGCGCCAUUCGCCGAGCUCGUGCACUCCCCCGACACUGACCCGGAGGUGUUUGAGCGGAGGUUGGCGGACGCGGUGUCCUUACUGCCGCAGUUCGUGCGCGACUGGACACGGGAGCGCAUGCAUCACAUGGUCUCCUUGCUUCCCUCUACGGCAUCGCCGGCAUCGGCUACUUCCUCGGCAUCUGCCGCCGGCUUGUCGGCGCCCUCAUCUUCCUCUUCGACUUCGCAUCGCGCAGGUUCGUCCUCCGUGCAAACGCGCGAUGCCUCCGAGCUCUCCCGUCUUGACCUCGCGACCUCGAUCUACCACUGCCCGGUAUCUCGGCUGAACCGUAGUCACGACGAGAUCAUCGGCAAGGGCAUGGUGGGUUGGGACGGCGCUGGGCCGCAUCUCAACUGCGCUGGCGUCGAGUCAGAAGGCCUCUGCUUUGACAGGCGCGGGUACGACGCGGCCCGCGGGCUUCUGGAGCUCGUAGGCCUGAACCCGGACACCGCUCUUGCACGUGAGUUCGACGCGCUCAACGCGCGCUUCGUCUGCGCGAACUGUCCCUCCGACGGCCCGUACGAGGUCCUCACGUGGCGUGAAUGCGUCAUACACAUGUUUAACACCGCCGAGGACAGCACCCACCGCGAGGGCGCUUGGCGGGUGCUCAGCGAGCCGGCUGCGAAUUUCGUGCGCCGGCGCGAGAGCCACCCGGCGUUCAAGUACGAGCGCGCGUGGGCGUGCAACCACUGCGCGGCGCACUACGCGAAUGGGCGCGCGGACGCGCAGGUCACGCGCACGCAGGCGAUCAAGCACGCCAGGCUAGUGCACAACAUCGAGCGGCCGGUCCAGAACCUGGACUUCGUGUAUGUCGCUGGCUUUGCCGGCAUCCCGCGCAAGCCAGUUGCUCUCCGCCGCGCUCUCCUUCCCGAGUAUAAGUGCAGCCAGUGCCAUAAGGGCAAGACAACGCUGCGCGCGCAUGAGAGUGCGCUGCACCAUUUGAGGAAUAAGCAUGGUAUUGUUAGCGGCCAGCUUGGUGUUGAUUUUGAGAAGAUUGAGUUCUUCGUACGUUCAACAGCGUCGCUCGCCCCCCUCUCGCCGAUGGAAGGCGGUCCGGCGUCUGCCAGCGCGCUGAUCUCGUUCGCUCUGGGCUCAUCCAUGUCUACUGACGAUGGGAUGUCUUCCGCAUCGUCCGACACGCUCAAUUAGGUCUCGCAGUAGCGCCCUCCCCACCCCUGGCAUGGACACUAACCUCCACCCACUCAUCUGCAUAUACACGCCCUCCUCCCACCCCCACAAACCCAAUCAAGCCGGCCAUCCCAGCCGCGCUACCCACGAUCUACAUACGCAUCGCUCUCAUGGCCCGUCCCCACGAUUCUCAUGCCCACACUUCUUCGCCUUCAUCUCACGUCUCCUCACUUCAUCUUCAAACGGAACCUUCACGUCGUGUAUCAUAUACCCUGCAUCCACGCCGUUUUUGUAACUAUAUAUCGUCUGCUUCCUUUCGUACUUACCAUCUUGUAACAUAUUUUAGUUAGUAACAUAGAUACUUCGAUACUCGCAUAAGCCCAAAUAAGCAAUUACUUAUCCUGUCCACAACUUUGGUG